GUGACCAGUACACCAAUCAGCACAUCGACCACAGAGACCAGUACACCGACCACAGUGACCAGUACACCGACCAGUACAUCCACCACAGUGACCUGUACACUGACCAGCACAUCGACCACAGAGACCAGUACACCAACAAGCACAUCCAACACAGAGACCAGUACACCGACCACAGUGACCAGUACACUGACCAGCACAUCGACCACAGAGACCAGUACACCGACCAGCACAUCGACCACAGAGACCUGUAUACCAACCACAUCAACCACAUUGACCAGUACACCGACCAGUACAUCAACCACAGAGACCAGUACACCGACCACAUCGACCACAGUGACCAGUACACUGACCAGCACAUCAACCACAGAGACCAGUACACCGACCACAUCGACCACAGUGACCAGUACACCGACCAGCACAUCGACCACAACCAGUACACCGACCAGCACAUCCACCACUGUGACCAGUACACCGACCAGCACAUCCACCACAGAGACCAGUACACCGACCACAUCGACCACAGAGACCAGUACACCGACCAGCACAUCGACCACAGAGACCAGUACACCGACCAGUACAUCGACCACAGUGACCAGUACACCGACCACAUCGACCACAGAGACCAGUACACCGACCAAAUCGACCACAGAGACCAGUACACCGACCACAUCGACCACAGUGACCAGUACACCG